GGCUUGGUGAAUUUGCAACAAAAAUCUUUGUUGAGUUCUAAGCUUCUACUAGUAAAGCACAUAGUUUAUACAGAUUUGGUUGCAGUUUGUAAGAUUUAUAAAAUCUAGCAUGGCUACUUUGAGUUUAAAACCUGCUCAGAGAUUUGCACCAGCAGACUGGUUUGCUUCCAACGAUUUUAUUUCAACAAACGCCGAACGUCAACGCGAGUCGUCACAUCAAAUCAGACAAGAAGCCAGGGAGUUAGUGAAUGUAACUGCCAAUCAAACCAAGUGGGAUCAACAUGACAACAACACUCGACUCGAUGACCGAAUUGAUGACAUCACAAAGUGGAAGGAAACUCUUGAACGUUGCUUAGAUGAGACAGAUGCUGAGAUCCAUGCUUUGAACCGAGCUAAACUAGAAACAGAGCAAGCGCUUGAGGAGAAAGCCCUGCCACUAGAUGUUGCUAUUGAGUGUUUGACUUUAAGAGAAAGUCGCCAGUCAAUAGAUAUCGUGCGAGAUGGUGUGGAAGCUGAACUACACAAGGAAGUUGAAGUUAUCAACAAAAUCAAAGAACAUUUACAAAAAAGAAUUUCAGAAGCUUUUGAGCAGCUUUGUUUGUUACGUGAGGCACGUCAACAGCUUGCGAAUGAUCAAAAAGAUAAGUUUGAAGCUCAAGGAAUUGAUCAAUCUUGCUACCAACUCAACAAUAGUUCAGGUGGAAUUUCAUACAAACCAAACCCAACCCGUGUUUUAAAGGAAAGCACAACUCCUGAAUCAUGGCAUCAAUUCUCCCAAUACAACAAGGACAGAGCUGAGGCUGAGAUGAGAGCCAGUGUUGCCCUACGCGAGGCAAUAGAUGCAACUCUAGCUCAAACAAGAAAUGAAUUGGAAGCACAGCGUUCAGCAACUGAAUUCUCAUACAGAAAACGCCUGCAUGAGCUUGAACGUUCUGAGGGUGAACUUGUGUGGCAACAGAAAAACACAAAAGAAGAAAUAGCAGAAGUAGAAGCUGAUAUUCGCAACCUGGAGCAAGCCAUUCGCGAUAAAGCUGCUCCAUUAAAGGUUGCUCACACUAGACUUGAGACAAGAACCUACCGACCUAACGUGGAACUUUGCAGAGAUAAACCUCAAUAUGGCUUGACUGAGGAGGUUCACCAGAUUGAAGGAAGCAUCGCAAAUUUGAAGGAGAAACUUGCACAAGCUCACCACGCUCGUAACGGACUGUACAAGAACCUCUACCGCAUCGAGCAAGAUCUUGCGUGCAAGCGUAAUUCCUUGAAACUUGACCGCCAGUGUGUCGACGUUCGUCGUAAAUUGGUCGUUCCUGCUGAAAAGUAUGUGGCCCAGCGACCAAACGAUAGUUUCCUCCGCACACAAGGCAGAGAAUCUACACCACUCAACCCAAUUAAGACCAGCCAGCUUGACAUUGCCUAAAACAACUCUUUGUGAUAAUGCGCUAAUUAGCAAUGAUUACAUAACGUUGUGUGAA